AGGUUCCCGACCCGAAAGCGGCCGUUUCCGGAAGCCGGCUGCCGCCCUGCAGACCGAGCUGUGCUUGCGGCGGGACCUGUCCGCGCACCGCCCUGCGGCCCCGCCGUUGCUCCCGCCUCGGGUCGCUGGGCACGGAGAUGGCCCUGCUGUGCUACAACCGGGGCUGCGGCCAGCGCUUCGAUGCCGAGAGCAAUUCCGACGAUGCUUGCACAUACCACCCAGGUGUACCAGUCUUUCAUGAUGCAUUAAAGGGUUGGUCUUGCUGUACGAGAAGAACAACGGAUUUUACUGAUUUUUUAAGCAUUGUAGGCUGUACAAAAGGUAGGCAUAAUAGUGAAAAGCCACCUGAGCCAGUCAAACCUGAAGUCAAGACUACUGAGAAGAAAGAACUAUCCGAAUUGAAACCCAAGUUUCAGGAGCACAUCAUCCAAGCCCCUAAACCAGUAGAAGCAAUAAAGAGACCAAGCCCAGAUGAACCAAUGACAAAUUUGGAAUUAAAAGUAUCUGCCUCCCUAAAACAAGCACUUGAUAAACUUAAACUGUCAUCUGGGAAUGAAAAAAACAAAGAAGAAGACAGUGAUGAAAUUAAGAUUGGGACUUCAUGUAAAAAUGGAGGGUGUACAAAGACAUAUCAGGGUCUACAGAGUCUAGAAGAAGUCUGUGUAUAUCAUUCUGGUGUACCUAUUUUCCAUGAAGGGAUGAAAUACUGGAGCUGUUGUAGAAGAAAAACUUCUGAUUUUAAUACUUUCUUAGCCCAAGAGGGCUGUACAACAGGGAAACAUAUGUGGACGGCAAAAGAUGCUGGGAAAAAAGUUGUUCCAUGUAGACAUGACUGGCAUCAAACUGGGGGUCAAGUCACAAUUUCAGUAUAUGCUAAAAAUUCACUUCCAGAACUUAGUCAAGUAGUUGCAAAUAGUACAUUGUUAAAUGUACACAUUGUAUUUGAAGGAGAGAAGGAAUUUCAUCAAAAUGUGAAAUUAUGGGGUGUGAUUGAUGUAAAGCGAAGUUAUGUAACUAUGACUGCAACAAAGAUUGAGAUCACCAUGAGAAAAGCUGAACCAAUGCAGUGGGCAAGCCUUGAACUGCCUGCAGCCAAAAACCAGGAAAAGCAAAAAGAAAAUAAAACAGAAUAAAUUGAGAGGGAAUAAAAAGUUAUUGCCUAUUUCAGAAUUCUUAAUAUGUGGUGAAGUAGUCGCUUGCUGCUGUAAUCUCUUGUUGUUAUAGUUGAAUCUGGUAUUUCAGGGUCAACAGUGUAGGUUCUUAAAAGCCAAAGUCAGUUUAUCUUUUUGUGCCUCCUUUUAUUUUUUAUUUUUUCGGUUUAAGAUUGAUUAUUCAUUUCUCCUAAUAGAACUAUAGUUGUGUCCCAUACUUGAAGAAGCUAGAAAAUAGCUCAUAAAUAGAGUAGUUCUUAGUAUAAUAUUGUGUUAAAAGAUACAUAAAGUAUCAUCUCUUUCUAUUCCAUAAUUAGUAAAGCAAGAUGGAAUGUCAAUUUUUUAAAUAGUUUUUUCAUGAGUUUGUGUUCCUAUAAUACUUGAAAAUCUUUCUUUAAAAGUUAAAGCUCCACAAUGUUUUUUUCCACUCCGACGGUUAAUUUCUGUAGGAGGAUUAAUUGUGAGGUAGUGUAGUAACUACUUAAGAAUAUAUGAAUUGAUUAAUAAAUUGCAAUUUGUUUGCAACUAAUUGCAAAAACUUUAUAUCAAUACCUAUAUUACUUGUAAGGCUGUAUCACUUAAGAAUACAGGAAACAUUAUAAAUAAAAAAUAUAGAGGUAUGAAUUUGUUUAAAAUUCAUCAUUUUAUAAGACUAAGCAAUAAUGUUAAAUAUCUCCUGAUUAUUUAUAAGGUCUUGGUAUGGUGUGAUGGCUAAAUUGUAUCUGAAUCAUAGGCCACACCCUCUUAAUAUUUUUAAUUACAUAUAAAGAGAAACUAAAUAUAUAUAUCUGGCUUUCCUGAUGGUAAACUAUAUAAAAUUAUAGAAGUACAUUAUGGAAAUACACUAGAGUUUCAGAAAACUAAAUAUUUUAGCUUUGCUUUAUGACAGCUAUUACAUGUUAAAUAAAAUAGCGUAAUUGUUUUAUUGGGGUUUUUUAGGCUUUCAUGAACAGUUUGACAAUUCUAAGUGAUACAGUAUUGAUUAUAUAUUGUACUUUAUUAAAUAAGUAUCACAAUAUUAGAUUGUUUAUACUUAUUGAACCCAUUAAGGGAUAGAUUACUUUUUGAGGAAGUGCAAAGCUCACGAAGAAAAUGAAGAAAAAAUGUUAUGAAGGCCAAAACUCUGGCAGAAUUUUUGGGCAUGAAUCAUGCUUGCAUUGAUUAAAAUGAUUAUUUCCUAAGCCCUUUGAGUGGUCCUCUCCCCCCCCCCCCCCCCCCCAAGCCCUCACCCCACUCCCCUGGAUGAAUAGGAUUUUUAUCAUGGAAAAUUUGCUGAAAUACAAUUUUAGUUAAAGAGUUAGUAUAUCUCACUCUAUAAAUAACUAUUAGAUGUAGUUAAUGUAAUUGUUAAAUGGCUUAGCUCUCUUACAAAUAAAGAUGUAAAAUAUGUCAACUAUGCUUUCAUGAUACUAAAAUACUCUGGCAAGAAUAUUUUGGCAGUAAAAUUGGUUUCCAAAUAGAGUAUACAAGUGAAUUGUAUUUAAAUUUUGUAAAGUUAGCUUUCAUAACUUAGGAACCUGGGUUCAAUAGGACACAUGCAAUCUUUAUUGUUUAGGGGAAAGUUUGCUAUUGUUUUGAUUUGAGGUGAUGAAUUAAUAUACCCCUUUUUUAUGUUUCCUUCUUUGAGGCUAUUUUCCCCCAAACCCUAUCUUACUGUGUUCUGUGUGAUUGAACUAUUAUUUAAAGCAAGUGGAUUAUACACCUAAGAGUUAGUUACAAAGCACUGACUUUUGUAUUAUUUUUGGAUACAGCAUACAUCUUUAGUCUGGUUACAUUAGUGACCCUUCUGUUCUUCAUUUCCAUGAACCUCUGAAUUUGCUGCCCAGAUAAAAAUCUAAAUGAUACUUCUCUUUAACUCAUACAUACAUACAUAUAGCAACAGAUUUAUAAUUAGGUAAAAUGUGUUUUACUUUUUCAGUCUGUCAAAAAAUUAAAAAUGCUUAACUUUAAGUUAUUUCUCUAGAAAUAGACUUUGCCUUUCUCAGCAUUUCAAGUAAUUACUAUAGCAAAGCAGUCAAAGCUAGGUUUAUUAUAUACUUGGUAACUAAUUUGACAGCUAAACUAACCAUGGGAAACAUUAUUUUUCUUGCCUACCACUUUUGCUAGUAUAAAGUAAGGUCCUAAGAAGUUGAGCUUUUAUUUCUUUUCAACCUCUUAUUUUUAGGUAAGUUUAGCUUUACAGAGGAGUUGCAAAAAAAAAGUACAGUGUUCUUUAUAUGUUAUGUUAAUCUUCCCUUUGUGUUAAACUCUUACAUAAUCAUAAAACAUUCACAAAACUAAGAAUUAGUCUUGAUAUAAUACUAUUAACUAAAGUAGAACAUUAAUUUUGACCAUCUGUUUUUAGAGGAACACUGUUAAAGGGUAGUUCUUGAGAUGUAUCCUAGUUUUUGGUAAUUUAAGCCAGGAAUUUAUAAACCAUUAAAAAUAUAAAUUGAAAUCAGUCUACCAUAGACAAAUGUGUAUAGGUCAAAGGCAUAACUUCUUGUUCUAACCAUAUACUGGCACAGGACUGUAAUGAUCUAUUUUAUUAUUUAAAUUUUAUACCAUCGAUUUUAAUUUUUAUCAUGUAUAACUUCUUUUGUUUGGUUUUCAUUAGACAAUUCUUCAGCCAUCUUAUGGUAAAGAGAACCUUAAAGAAUUCUUGAAAAUACAUUAAGUGACUUUCGAUGAUUGCUCUGCCACUGCUUUCUUUUAAAAAAAUCAGUCAUUCUCCAGUUUGAAAAUGCUUGUCAUGCAUACACGCACAAUAAACUUUUUAAAAACUCGUGUA